GGUUUACUUGCAUUUCUUUUCCUACAAAACUUCUGCGAAAAGCUUUACUAUGUGUUUCUUGCGCGUGAACUAUCGCAGCAUUUGGGGAUUUCUACAGCGGGCUUUCGAAACCGAAAUCAGGUAAUGUAUACGAACCUCUGAUUUUGAGUGAAUCGAAGUGCCUCUCUCCUUUCUCCCUUUUUGUGAUUGAUUUAGAGUCCUUUGAAGGAAGUUAGGGUUAGAGGGGAGAAGGAUUUUGAAUGUGCAACAGAAGGGGUUUUUUUUUUUUUUUUAAGGGGAUCCUGACUUAUUCCUCCCCCUUACUUCGUGUAGAGUUUGAGAAAAUGUCCUCAAAAGGAACAGUAAGUAUAGUAGGGAGUGAGGUGAUGCCCCUAGACUAUGGGAGCAUAGACUCAGAGAGUAGUCCAUCUCCAUCUAGUUUGGAGAAGACAGUGGAAGGGGUGAGAGGAGAUGAGGUGGUGGAGGGUCGGGGGAAUGAGGUGGUAGAGGUUGGGGGGAAUAGCAUACCCAUCACUGUAGUAGAAGUAGAAGGUAGAGGAGAGAGAGAUUAUGAUGUGAAUGUAGAGAUAGUGGAGGAGGUGAAGCAGUAUAGAUCUGAACUAAGGACCAGGGAUAGCCUAGGUCACUUAAUGGAAAAUUACAAGAUCUCUUUCCGAGUGUUAGUUAGGCCAGCUGGGGUAGAGGAGAGAGCGUGUUCUGCUCCUCGCGAUCAUUGGAUGCCCGUAUAUUCCCACUAUCUGAUAGCGGGGUUGAGGUUUCUAAUUCCUGAGUUGCUAGUAGGGGGUAGUAUGAGGGAUAAGGGGUGGUAUUAUUUCACCCCUAGGGUAGCUAGUAAGGAAAGUAGGUCUUUAUUCACUACGGGCCCUUCAUCCAUUAAAGGAUGGAAGGAAAAAUUCUUUUUUUUAGAUGAUACGGAGUGGGAGAGGGGGGAUGCCGAGGUGAGGGAGUUAGCAUCUUGGAAGGCUAAAAGAGCCAACCAGAAUAGCGCACAAUGCAUAGAAGCUGCUAAGCUCUAUGGGCCAAGCGUUUUAAGUGAAGCUGAAAUGGAUCAGUUUUUGAACACUACUGGAGGAGUGGCUAUCCCCAAGAAGCCAAGGAAGAAGUCAAAGACUUCAACCAAGCAAGUGGAAGAGGUGAGGGCUAGGAAAGAGGUAGUGCCCGCGACUUCAGCUGAGGCAGGGGAGGAGUUGGAGGAGGGGGCUGAGGUACGAGUUCCCAGUAAGGGAAAGGGCCCUGUUCCCCCAAUGGCGUUCCAGAGCAGCCUGUUCGAGGCGAAGAACAUGACGGGGGCUAGGUGGUUCAUCAACUCCACCUUCCCCAAAGUGGACAAACGCAAUGCGCGGGAUAAGGCUCUGAGGUAUUGUGGGGCUUCAGUGGUGAAGCAUGUUUUAGAGAGCGCGAGCUGGGUGAAUGGUCUAGCCCAGGAGUUUCUAGAUAGCGUGAAAGAGUGCUCGCUCUUGCAGAGGCAGUUUGACCGGCUGCAGAAGGAGAAGGAGGAGUUGGAGAAGAAGAAUAAAGAACUGCAAGAGUCGCUGAACGAGGUGGUUCCAACUGUGAAACAGUUGGAGCAAGAGAGGGCUUCCCUGAGCACCAAGCUCGUCUUUGAGGAGAGUAAACGAAGGAUCUCUGAAAGCGAGCGUGAGGCUCAGGCGCAAGAAAUAAAACUAAUGAAGGAGGCUUUCUUGGAGCUGAAGGAGAAUGUGCAGACCUUGGUGCACAAUGGGAUGAAGGAGCACAUCAGCAACUUUAUCAGCUCCAACUCGUUUGACAACAUCGUCAACUUGUACCGGCUGCCCACUGCCAUCAUUGCAUUCACAGACUGUAGGAAGAAGGUGAAGGCAGAAUAUCCCAAAGUGGAUAUUACAAAGAUCACCUUCAGCGAGCAAGAAGAAGGAGUGGAGGAAGACAGUGAGAGCAUGUCAACAGACUUCCUGGAGGAAGAAGGGGCAGAGGUAGAGGAAGACGAGGUGGAGGCAGGAGUGGAGGGAGCUGAAGUGGAUGAUAGCCAACCAGUUCUAGAAGUGGAGAUUCAUUCAGUUCCUUCCGACGAUGAGCAGCCUCCUCUGCCAGACGAGUAGCAGCCAACACAACCACCUCCUCCAGCUGAGCAGGAGCCAGUGGAGCCACCUCUCCCAGCAGAGAAAUAAUUUUGUUUUUUAAUUUUUUGUAGAAACAUUAAACAAUUUACAUGUAAUACUGUUAUUACGUUAAAUGAAAAUUUAGUUUUGAA